CUCCUUCAGUCCUUCAUAAGACCCUCUCUUGCAUCAGUCUUUUCAGCCAAACUUCAAAACAAAAGGACUUAGCUUGUUGCCAUUUGUUGUUCAUAAUCAUCGAUAAUUUAACGAGAGAGAGAGAGAGAGGGGACCCAGGUGUGGUUUGUUUGAAUGGCAUCGAGUAGUUUGCGGAGUGUUUCAAGCCUUCUAUGUGCAGAGGACAACAACAGCGUCUUCGACGAAAAUGAUUACGGCGGUGGUUCGGUGUUGUCGGCGGACACGUGGCAUCAUCCUAGGCAUCAAAACCGUGAGGAGUUACUCUGGCAAGUGCCACAAGCUGUUAGCGAAGAGUAUUUGGUGUUAAUGGUUGACCACUUGCCUUGUCAUGAUUAUCUUCAUAGGCUCACAAAUGGGGAUUUGGAUUUUGGGGCCAGAAAUCAUGCCAUUCAUUGGAUUCAAAAGAAGCAAAGGGUUUGGACAGUGCAAUUGUUGGCUGUGGCUUGCUUAUCUCUUGCAACCAAAAUAAAUGAGACUGAUCCUCCUCUUUGCCUUGAUUUGCAGGUUGGUGAAUUAAAAUUUGUAUUUGAAGCAAAAACAAUCCAAAGAAUGGAGCUUUUGGUACUUAGCACAUUGAGAUGGAGAAUGCAAUCAAUUACCCCUUUCUCCUUCAUUGACUAUUUCCUUUACAAGGUCAAUGAUGAUCAAAAUCCAACAAGAGAUUCAAUUAUGAGAUCCAUCCAACUUAUACUGAGUACUGUAAAAGGGAUUGAAUGCUUGGAGUUUAGACCAUCAGAGAUUGCAGCUGCUGUAGCAAUAGUUGUGGUAAGGGAAACAAAAACAGUGCACACUGAGAAAGCAAUUUCUCUUCUGAAUCACCUAGUGGAAAAGGAGAGAGUGUUGAAAUGUGUGAAAUUAAUCCGAGGGUUGUCAUCAAAGGAUGGUUUUACUAAUAAGGACACAAGAAGUGGUUCUGUUUCUGCCCCUUUGAUGCCACAAAGUCCAAUUGGGGUGUUGGAUGGUGUGUGCUUAAGCUACAAAAGUGAGGACACUAAUGCUGCUGCUUCGUAUGCAAACAUUAAUUCAUCUUCACAUAAUACUAGUCCAGAUGCU